UGCGCAAAGGCUUCCGCGGAAAUGAGGGGGGGAGGGGACUCAAGGGCCCGGGAGCGGGUUGAGAGGGCUGUGAGCCAUACCGACUUUCUAGAGGAGGUCGUUAGGAUUUUCCCAAACUCUUCCAGACUGGGGGAAAAAAGGGACUGGGACCAAGGUCGCAUUGGGGAGUGGCUCCAGUUACCUUUUGUUAAGGAACCAAUGAUGCUGCCAAAGCCUGGGAUCUAUUACCUGCCCUGGGAGGUCAGCGCUGGCCAAGUUCCGGACGGGGGCACGCUGAGAACAUUCGGCAGGUUGUGCCUCUACGAUGUGGCCGAGUCCAGAGUGAAGCUGACAGCCCAGCACGGAUCCGAUGAGCACGAGCUUCUGGUCUGCACCAAGCUGGUGGAGCCAUUCCAAGCCCAGGAGGGCUCCCUGUACGUCGUGCUGGGGGAGCUGGAGCCCCAGGAGGAUGGAGGCCCCGUGGUGAAGGCCCGAGUCCUGACCUGUGUGGAAGGGAUGAACCUGCCCCUGUUAGAGCAAGCCAUCCAGGAGCAGAGGCGGUACCAGCAAGAGAGGAGCACUGGCCCACAGGAAACGGCAGCCACCGAUGACACCCCCGACGACUGCUCCUGAGGCCAAACCCACUGGAGCCAUGGGAGCUGCACAGAGGUGUAGGCGCUUCCUGAGUGGCAGCCUUUGUCUGGAGCCAGAGUAGAGGGCCGGGUGGAUAAUCCAGCCCCUUCCCCUAGUUUGGAAUUGGCCCAGAAAUGAGAGCCCAGAAAGGCCUCUGAACCUGACGCCCCCACCCCCAGGAGACUGCAGGUGGCUGAGCUCCAGGCACUGGGGCUGUGCCUCGUGUGGGGUCAUGGAGAGUUCCAGAAGGUCGUCGUGAAUAAAGGCCCAGUGGGCGUGACCUUG